AUGGCACCUAACAACUACUAUCAAUCAUAUCCCGCAAACACUCAAAACUCGUCCAACCCUCAGCAGACAUACCCUGGAUACCAUGCGCAGACUUCAAUGUCGAACCAGCCCUCUGGACAGUAUCACACUACAGGCCCUCCGUCACCACCUUCAGCACCGCCGACUCACGACACCUACCAAGGUUAUCAGCAGCAGUACGCGCACCAGGGAACAGGCUACGGGAGUAAUCAGGGCUUCUCGUGGAACGCUACGUAUGGUGCGAACUCUGGAAACUCGACAGCAGGCAGCGCCGCCGAAGCGCUCAGCAGCAUGAGCAUGGCGGACCAUUCGAGGGCAGCGAAUGCCGGCUACGCUUCGGGCUAUAACACGUCCUCCGGUAUGUCUGACCGUAACAUCGCCGCAUUGUCACAGUACACUCAAGGCUCGUCAGCUGCGCCGCAAGACCAUCAGACACAUACCAUCCAGGACACGUCGCGAUCAAGCGGCACAUCGCACACCGCUCAUGCACACCGAACGUCGCGUCCCGAGAGCGUGAGCUCCAUUUCUUCAGGCUACGCGGCACCCACCCAGCGGCCAGCGCCGCUUCGAUUGCCGACACCCGGUGCGCCUUCGGCCGCAACCUCACAGCAUCCGGCGCGGCGCGUGCAAGCAAUGUCUACUGAACACCGCUCGCCUAGUCCAGCGCAGGUUCGCGCAUCGCACAACGCCCAAAGCGGUGCAGCCCAACGCCCUGCAGGUAGUUCACUUGCCGCCCAGUAUGCCGACCUAGGAAGUCGCAGAUUGCCAAGUGUUUCAGAAACUGCAUAUGGCAACUCGUCGACGGCCACCCACCGUCAAAGCUACGAUCGACAGACGCAGAACUACGAGCCAAGUUCGGUGACGGUUGAUCCGGCGCAUGUCUAUGACCCCUGGCAGGAGAAGAUGCGGCAAGCAGAACUGGCGAGGAAGGCGAAGGAGGCCGAAGAGGCAGCAGCGGCGGUACGUGCGGCUGAAGACGCGGAGCGGCAGAAGAAAGCAGAGGAGACGAGGAAGGCCGCUGAGGACGCCCGCAAGGCCGAGGAGCACCGUCGUACGGAAGCUGCUCGUAAGGCUGAGGAGGAACGCAGAGCUUCAGACACGACACAAGCACAACCAGGCCAAAAAGCGAAAGCAAAAAAGGACAGCGCUAAGGGGAAGCGCGCUACGGAUCCAAGAGUUCCCAGCAGGAAAGAGGCAGGACCUGCUGCCACAACUGCCACUCCUGCUCCUGCAGCACCGGCUGCUGCCCCCACCGCGGAGGACUUGGAAGCUCAAAUGAGAAUGAUCAUGGCGAACCUCCGAGAAAUGAACGCCAAGAACCCGUCACUAGUUGCUAAGAUCUGGGAAGAAGAACGGGCAUCCCUCGUGCAGGAAUCUACCAGGUCUCCUGCCACGCAAGCAGCGCAGCCACCUAGUGCCUCAGCGCCGCAAGUCGCUCCUCGAGCGAAUAUGGCUGCUGUUCGACCCGGUUCAGUUCAGAACGGCAUGGUGAACGGGCACGCGAGUGGGGGUAGAUCAAUCACAGGGCCAGGUUAUCCGCCUCAACAGCCACGACAAGAGCAGUACGCCCCACCACAACCCGUGCCGGCUAAGCCCAGUUCGGGCGGGACCGUGUGGCCACAAGAAAAGAAGGGGGAGUUGGCAGCGGCGGCAGCGAAAUGGCUGAACGACAUCCCUGCCAACGCCAACAACAAAGUAUCGCCAGCGGAUAUCUUCCGGAUGCUAGACAGCAAUCCAACGUACAUUGAUCUUUGCGAAAGAUUGGAGGGCCUCGGCGUUCUGCUAGAGAGGAGAACAUUUGCUCAGGCUCUUCUUAAGGCGUGCCCGGAUGUCAACAAUAAGUCGCAGAUUCAGAAGCCACCUAUGCCUCCUGGACAAACCGCGCAGCCGCUUCAUGGCUUACCCACCCCUCAUCCUACGGAUGACGACAUGGGGCCUGCGCCAGUGGAUGAUCCAAUCUACGACGCACCACCUGCGCCCGACCCAGACGCCGUUCAAAGUCCAUACUUUCAGCAGCCUCCUGCAUCAGCCACACCCGGAGCCGUCGCUCCUAUUGCAACAAUGAUCUCCUCGACGAAGAGAGCUCAGGCAAUGAGAACGCCCCCUAUCAAAGCCGCAACCAAAGCGGAUGCCGCGCGGAAAAGGUACUUUAGCGAGAUCAUUGACUUGACCACGUUUUCCGAUGAAGAACUGCCUCCGCCUCCGCCGAAAGUACCAAGGACCGACCCACACGGGAUGCUGGCUUUCCAGCCACCGCCCACAGCUCAGCAAACCACUUUUAUCAACCCAAAUCUCCGCCAACUCAACGUCCCACCGAAUGGCGUGCCACUCCAGCCCCACGCCGCACCCCAACUAGUGCACCCGCCAGCUCCGGUGUACGACGAGUUUUACAAAUACACCGAUCUAGUCAAGCCAAUCGACCGUAAGAAAGCCCUUCGCAGAUCCACAUACAACCUUAACACCAUCGCCCGCGACGUCCUCCUAGCUACAGGCAAACACCCCGAGAUGCGGGCUCUGAACGCGCAUCUGGAGCCCCUCAAAUUAGCCUUCAGACAGGUGGAGGACCGCUCCGACCUCGACACCUUCAGAUGGGACAUCGUCGACCCGGGCGAUCCACCGCCAGGCUACUACAGCAGCGGCGGCGCCGAGGCCGAAGAAGACGCCGACGACGAGGAAGACGAACCGCAGCCCCGCGCUCGACCACGUGUCAUGCUUCAAGCAGGCGUCGGCGUCGGCGGCGGCGCAGCCACCUCCCGUGUUGCAGACUACAACCACGACCCAGCGGUCGCGAAGGCAUUUUUCAAGAAAUCCCGCGGUCGCCCCCCUCGCCACAGAGACCCAGGCUUCGUCUCGCGCCCGCCCGGUCCCAAUACCACAGACCCGGCGCACCGCCAGCGCUCUUACAGCCAAGGUGGCAACAACAGCAGCUCGGGACUGGGCCACCCGUCUCUCUCGAACAUCGGCCGCGACCCACACGUCACGCCCGCGGGCAGGCUCCCCAGCGCGAGCGCAGGAGCACCACCCAGCCAAGGCACCGGCGUGGGAUACUCUGCGCUACGGGUGCAGGAGUACGGGCCGGACGGGAGUCCACUGCCUAAGAAGCGCGGCCGGCCUGUGGGGUGGCGAAAGUCGAUCCACGGCUCUGCGGCUGCGCAAUCGGGGACUAUACGGCCGGGACAGGGGAGUGGGCUGAGGAAUGUGGCACGGCCGGGCGCUGGUGGAGCGAGUGGGGCAGUCGUCGAGAUUCGGAGUUCCAACUCUCCGGCGAUGAGGCAGGAGGUUGAGUAUCGCGUGUACAAAUGUAGGUGGCAGGGGUGUAAAGCGGAGUUGCACAACCUCGACACGCUGCGGAAGCACGUCUUCAAGCUUCAUGGUAGGCCUGCGGCGGGCGGGCGGUGGAAGUGUCAAUGGGAGGGGUGUGGGGAGACUGGCACAGUCAUGGAUGAGGCGACGGGCGAGGAGAGCGACGAACAUCGAUAUCUAGAGUUCACCGACGGCGAGAAGUGGCGCGGUCAUAUUGAGGCGGCGCAUUUGGGGGAGCUGGCGUGGGAGCUGGGUGAUGGGCCUGCGGGCGGGCUGAGCGAGUCUCACGACUCCGACGCCUACCUCUCCGACCGCUCCGGCCGCCGCGCAACGCCGCAGAUCGCGGCCCCCAGCGGCGCCUCUUCCUCUGCCCCGGCCUCUGCUGCACACCGUGCCGGCCCAGGCCGUCCAGCCAAGAAAUCAGAUGAGCAGAAAGCGCUCGAGGCGCAGCGCCGGCUCGAGCAGGUUAAGCGGGACAUCGGGCCCGGCGUUGAUCGCGGGGGUGCGAGGCUCGCGAAUGAGAAACGCAGGGCGGGGUUCGUGGAUGAUGAGGUGGGUGAAGAGAUAGUUGAUGAGGAUUAA